UUAAACUCUUAAGAUUUAGGCCUACUCCAACUCCCAACCCAAGAAUACAACGCGCAUUGAAUGACCUAUACCGUAAUAGUGUAGUUUGCUAUAUGAACUUGAACUUAAACCAUAACAUGUAGUGGGCUAAAAAGACAUUGCUAGUCAAUGACGUCAUGGCGUCAAAUUGUUCUAAAAACGCGCCGUGUCAAACUGUUCUGUUCGUUUCUAUAGUAAUGGAAUGUUUGAUAUUUGGAAUGUUGCAGAAAACAUUACUUUUGCAAAACAAUUUCGACGAGCGGCAAUACAGAUUUUCUCGAAGAAAAAAUUAUCGACUUUUCUCCUCACUUUGCAUAAGGACUUUUGUCUGGUCAGAAAAAAACGCUACACAGUAUGCAGGACAGAUCGGAGUGUCUGCCGUACUGCUUGUGCUACAAGAAGAAGGCUGGCUUCUGUCUGGACAGGGUGUCCUACAACGAAAAAAAGGUACUCCUGAGACUGUUCUUGAAUCUUCAGGAGCAGGGCUCAGUGAACGCCCAUAUUACAGUUGAGGAUGUCAUGGAAUGGUUUUUCCGCCAUGAGAGGAAGAUGUUCAAAGACUGGUUCCCUGAGUUAAAGGAGUCAUGUGAUGACGAAACCUGGCUGGCCUGGCAGGUCAAUGCCCAUCUCAGGAUGCAGGACAUUGAGCAGGAGGUCAGGAGAGAGCUGAUCGUCAGACAUCUGUCCAGUGUGUCUCGUGAGGGCAAUGAGCUGCAGGAUUGUGAACAACAUGUCCCCUCAGCUCCGUCUGAUCUAGAGUCACCUGAGAAGCGCCCAGAUGACCUCAAGAUUCAUCUUCUGAGGAGAAUCUUGAGUGACCUUGAGAUUGAGCUCCAGUAUUAUCAGUGCUCUCGUCUACACACCCGGCUAGAGGUGGUGGCGGACCUGGUCACCAGACUGAUCUACACCAUGAAGACAGAUCCCAGUGGCACUGCUUACCAUGGGUCCUCCAUGCAGCUGACAGAGCUGUCCGUGGAUAUUGCCCGUGCAGUGCUGAGGAGGUUGUCCUCUACUUUACAGAUGUCAAACCUACAAGCACACUACUCCCGUCCAGCGGCUGCUAGGAUGACCCACUCCAUCCAUCACAAGCUUGUGAAGGCCAUGUAUACUGCUGAUGCCAUGAAGAAGUUCUUGUGCACCGGCGAUGAGACUCUAAUGGCCACCGUCAUUGACUUUGUGUCAGUGAAAGUUACCAGGCUUUUUCAGAUGUCUUUUCAAAGGCCUUCACAACCACCCUCCAUCUUGAGACUGUUCCUGAUCGCUAGUGACUACAAGAGUUCACCAACUACUGCUCAGAAGCUGGUGAUUCACAUUGAGGCAGUGACUUCAGUUUUGACACUUGUGUUGCUGCAGAUGUACUCUCAGGAAGACACAGGAUUUACAUUCGAAGCUCAUAAUUGGCCAAUGAUUGAGCAUGUGGUAAACAGACUGUCUCACUCUGGUGUGAAAGUCACAAAGAAGAAAGCUAAAGUCAAUUGUUAUUUCAACAUGAAUGAGGUGGUUUGUAUGGUGAACUCCAUCUGUAAAGAUGUAUUGAUAAUGUAUAGCAGCAUGAAAUCUCUCAUGGAGGCAUUAUCCAAUAAGAACAGGAUGGUGUCCAGAGACAUUGGCCGUCUGGUGUCUGUCCAACUUGAGAUGGUAUGCCGCAAUAGGAAAAUGGAGACACUGCCAUUUGAGCUGCCACCUUGCCCUGACCUGGAAAAGGUCAUAUGUGGUGUAGUGGCAAGAUUUGUCCAUGCCCUUGUCGCAGUAACGAUGGCGGAUAAGGAUGACCUAAUCAUAUGCCUUCUACUGGUGGACCAGAUUCGUUUUCUCACCAAAGUGACUCUUAUCCAGUCCCAGGAAGCCAAUUAUCUUUCCUGUCACCUCAAAGAUCUCUCAUCGGAUACGAUCGAACAACUAGGUGACAUGGUUUACAAUCAAUACGCAGAGUCCUUCCCGUUGUAUGACGUUCAGGACCAGUUACACACAUUAGUGAUGGAUAAACAUCAGAGCUAUAUGAUCAGUACCAUGAUUACAACAACUCUGCAGGAUUACGUGACACUACUUGAUAACAUCUCCUGUGAGGAACACAAGGAGGCACCUACCUCAAGUGCACCACAGCCACCUCCUGGAUUCACUCUACCUGAUGCACCACCUGUUGUGAAGCCACCUCCUGGAUUCACUCUACCUGAUGCACCACCUGUUGUGAAGCCACCUCCUGGAUUCACUCUACCUGAUGCACCACCUGUUGUGAAGCCACCUCCUGGAUUCACACUACCUGAUGCAUCACCUGUUGUGAAGCCACCACCAGGUUUUACUGUACCUCCUGCCACCUCAGCUGCAGUGAGACCACCACCAGGGUUUCAUCUACCUGAUGCAUCACCUGUUGUGAAGCCACCACCAGGUUUUACUGUACCUCCUGCCACCUCAGCUGCAGUGAGACCACCACCAGGGUUUCAUCUACCUGCCACUUCACCUGCAGUGAAGCCACCACCAGGUUUUACGGUACCUCCUGCCACCUCAGCUGUCAUGAGACCACCACCUGGAUUUGAUCUUCCUGCCACUUCACCUGUAGUGAAGCCACCUCCUCGGUUUGAUCAGCCUGCCAUAUCACCUGCAGUGAAGCCACCUCCUGGGUUUGAUCUGCCUGCCUCCUCAGCUGUAGUGAAGCCACCACCAGGUUUUACUGUACCUCCUGCCAUCUCAGCUGCAGUGAAGCCACCUCCUGGGUUCCUGCUUCCAGAUGCAUCGCCUGCAGUGAAGCCACCUCAUGGUUUUACUCUACCUGAUGCAUCCCCUGCAGUCAAACCCCCACCAGGGUUCCCUUUGCCUGUAACAUCACCUGCAGUACGACCACCUCCUGGGUUUGCUCUGCCCAGCCCUUCACCUGCAGUGAAGCCACUUCCUGGUUUUACUAUAACGGACGCAUUGCCUGCAGUGAAACCUCCUCCUGGGUUUGCCUUACCCAAUGCCUCAGCUGCAGUCCGAGCAGUGAAGCCUCCUCCUGGGUUUGCCUUACCCAAUGCCUCAGCUGCAGUCCGAGCAGUGAAGCCUCCUUCUGAGCUCCUGGUUGCAGACGUCUCACCUGCAGCACAGCCCCCGUCUGCGUUUCUCCUUUCUGAGUGCACGAGACCUGAAUUGUGCCCAGAAGUUCCAGAUUGGGAGAUGGAGGAUGAGGCUCAAGACAUUGAGAAGAAUCAUCAUGUGUGUGCACAAGACAAAGCAAUGACAGUAACAUCCAAUGACUCAAAAGAUGUCCAGAAUCAUGCAGCACUGCCAUCUGAGAGUCUCAAGUCCACCAAGAAGAAGGGACUGAAGGGCUUUCUGCAGAAGAUAAGGAAGGCGUUGAGAUUUCGGGCAUCCUCCAGUGACUCAGAGGGAGGCGCGCUGAGGCUCUCUAGAAGUCACUAAAAAAACAAACUUUAAAAAAACUUUAAAAACAUGAAUUAAUUUUGACAUUACCUUUAUUUCUACGGAACCAUUAAUUAACCAUUAAUACAUAAGUAACGUGUGUAUGUAUUAGUGGUCAAUAAGGUCUGUCUUAAACACUACACAUUUAUUAAGUCUUUAUUCAGCAAUGUGUUCUUACUCAAUAAGUGAUUUAUUUUAGUUGGUCUUGAUCUAAGGUUGUUGAUAUAUAGUACGGAUGAAAAUAGAAACUCUGUAGCCUUCUAAUACAUUGUCAUAAUAUGUUACUAUUCUGUCAUUGUAAGUCACAUAUUCAGACAUUGUAUUAGGAGUUUAUUUGAGUCCGAGAAUUCUGUAUUUUUGAGCCAUACUGUAUACCAGUAACCUUACAUCAACACCAAAUAGCUGUUUAUUAAGGAUUAGAAUAAAUAAUUGAUUAAGAUUAAGACAUUGUUCAUUAAAUAAUUAAUACUUAAUACAGACCUUCU